AUUUGAAAAUCCAAAACAAAUAAUACUGACAGGCCAAUUUUCAUUGUUUAGAAAGGUUGCCUUGAAUUUUUAUCAGAAUUAGGAUCUUCUCGAAUUUCCUUUAACAAUGCCAAAUUGGAAUCAAAUACAAUCACAGCUGAGGCAUCCAGCCAAUCCUGUGGUGUUCUUUGAUGUAUCUGUUGGAACAACUGAAAUUGGAAGGAUGCUUUUCGAGCUUUUCGCGGAUGUUGUACCGAAAACCAGUGAAAACUUUCGUCAGUUUUGUACUGGUGAAUUUAGAAGGGAUGGUGUACCGUUAGGGUUCAAAGGUGCUAGUUUUCAUAGAGUUAUCAAAGAUUUUAUGAUCCAAGGAGGUGAUUUCGUUAAUGGAGAUGGUACAGGUGUAAUGAGUAUAUACGGUGGAGGAACCUUUGCUGAUGAAAAUUUCAAUCUGAAACAUGAUACCCCAGGUUUACUCUCAAUGGCAAAUAGUGGAAAAGACACAAAUGGUUGCCAAUUUUUCAUCACAUGUGCAAAGUGUAACUUUUUAGAUGGAAAACAUGUUGUAUUCGGUAGAGUUAUUGAUGGACUUUUGGUCAUGAGAAAAAUUGAAAAUGUUCCAACUGGACCUAACAACAAGCCAAAAAUUCCAGUAACCAUCGUUCAGUGUGGGCAAAUGUGAAGAAUACUUUGUAAUGGGACUCUUGUUUUUAUUUAUUUUUAAAGUGUGAUUCGUGUUUCAUCUUUAUGACAAAAAAAUUAUUAAGUGGAAUUCAAAUAUAAGGUUUAUUAUAAUUGUAAUUUAAAUAGAAAUAAAACCAGAAAUACAUUUUCAAA